AUGUAUGUCACUGAAUUUCAAAAGCGAGGACUGCCGCAUGUGCAUAUGUUAUUGGUCUUAGAAAGUAAGGAUAAGUUGCGUGACCCAAAAGAUUAUGAUAGUAUGGUAAGAGAAGAUAUACCUAAAUUAGAAUGUGAACCACAGUUGCAUGAAGCUGUUGUAAGACAUAUGAUCCACGGACCUUGCGGCAUAAUCAACCGAAAGUCUCCAUGUAUGAAAGACGGACAUUGUAAAAAAAGGUAUCCCAAAGAAUUCUUGGAUGAAACACGUCAAGGCACUGACUCAUAUCCCGAGUAUAGGAGAAGGUUUGAUGAGUUUGUAUCGUUAGGUAAAGAUAGGUCUGUCGAUAAUAGAUGGGUGGUUCCUUAUAACCCUUGGUUACUGUUAAAGUAUGACUGUCACAUCAAUGUAGAGAUUUGCAGUAGCAUUAAAAGUAUCAAGUAUCUAUACAAAUAUGUGUACAGGGGCCCUGAUCGUGUGGCUAUGGAGGUUCAUAAAGGAUCAUACAUGGAUGAAGUUCAACAAUAUGUUGAUGCAAGAUGGAUUUGUGCUCCCGAGGCAUUAUGGAAAAUAUUUUGA